AUGAAGGACGCCAAGAAUUUUAGCUUGGAGGAUGACGAGGGUUGGAAGAGGAAGUUGGAAACGAAGAACAGAAGGAUAGCCGAAUUGGAGGACCAAUUAACGAUCUGCAAGAGCGCGAAGAAUAGCGACAACGAGAGCUUGAUGGAUGAGGAGAAAGAGUCGUGGAGGAAGGAGGUGAGAGCGAGGGACGAUCGAAUAUCGCAGCUGGAAGGCGAGAUGGGAUCGUUGAGGCGUUUGAUCAAGGAAUAUAAAAGAUCGGAGGAGAAGGAAGCUAGAGUGAGAGAUAACGAUAACGAGAGUUGGAAGUUGGAAGUGGAGGCGAAGAAUCGACGAAUCGUCGAAUUGGAGCAAGAGAUGGAGUCGUUGGAGAAUUUUCUCAGGGAACACGCUGACACGGAAAGCGUGCGAGACAUGGAGAUCGUGAUCGAGAGGAAGGCGAGGAGGAUAGAGGAGUUGGAGGAUACAGUGGCUGAAUUCGAGGAUUUUCUCAAACAGAAUCCCGAUGUGAAAGAGCUGCACGAUCUUCGUUGCCAGGUGACAGCUGGAAAUAGACGGAUUCAAGAAUUGGAGAGGUGGAUCCAGAAGAACGAUGAGAGUAGAGAGUCUAGGAUCGACAGGGAAAGAGUGAUCGAGCUGGAGGAAAUGGUCACGCAAUUGGAGGAGUACGUGAGGGAGCACAACGUGGACGUGUUGAAGAGAAAGCUGGAGGACAGGGAGUGCAGAAUCGAUCAAUUGCAAAAUCGCGUUGGACACUUGGAGAAGGAAUUGUUGAAGGUUGAAGAGGCUCAUCGAGGUAAAGAAACUCAGGGGAAGGGCAAUCGAGAAAAAGAAACAAGGACCGAGGAUUCUCUCUCUGGUCAAAUGGUGGAAAAGAAUUUCGAGAAGGAACAGAAGAUGAAGAAGAUGGAGCACGCUAUAUCCGAGAAAGACAACAAGAUACAGGAGUACGAGCAGCAAAUCCUCGAGAGCAAGGAAGAAAUUACGAAGCUGAGAAAGGAGGUAGCAAACUUGAAGAAGGAAUUGAGCGAGUACGACGACAUCGGUGUUCUGAAGGAAGAAAUCAGAGUGAGGGAUGAGAAGAUUCAACAACUCGAAGACGAAGUAGACUCGUUGGAACGAGCGUUCAGCGAGAGAAUCGAUCUGGAGCAAAUCGAGGAGCUGGUGAACGUGAUCAAGGAGAAGGAAGACAAGGAACGGCAAUUGUCCAAAGAUCUGACGGAGAAGAGAUACAAGAUCGAGGAGCUCGGCGAAGCUCUACGCGAGAGUGUCGUCAUCACGAGCGAAAGUGAGAGGAAAUUGAAGAACGAGGAGAAAUUGAGGGAGGAAGCUCUUCAAAGGAUAGCCAAAUUGGAACAGAGAAUUGCCUCGAUGCAAUCCGCUUCGGCAUUAAAAUGUAUCACUUGUCAACCUCUUCUAUCGAAAGUGCAGAAAUACGAGAAGAAAUUGAAACGUCUCACGGAAGAGAGAAUCGUGCAGCUCGAAGACCUCCGUCAAAUGAAAAGAGAAGCUCUGAAAGCUGCAGUUUCCGAAAAAGACGCCCAUCUAGCUCUAUUGGAACUUUCCGGGAUAAAAACUGCCGCCCAAUCCGAGCAAGCCGAUCAACUGAAGGCAGAUAGGAAGAGGUUACUGGAGAAGCUGAAGAAAGAGGAUGAGAGAAGCAUCGAGUUAUCGGUGGAAUUAUAUCCAACGUGUUCAGAAGGAACGCCACAACUGCUCAUCAAGGUUUUGGAAACAUCCGACGACGACGAUGAAGAGACAAAGAGAAACGAUCGUCGCAGUGAUUCGAGCUCUUCCAGACCGGCUACUACGAAUGGCAACAGUUGUGCUGAUUCAGAGAAGACGUCGACGGAGUCGGGAUCGAGAAACGAUCGAGAAAACGGGCGACAAACAACAGAAGCGACAAACGAGGAUAGCAGAUAAGUAGACCAGGCCAGUCGUAACGAAUCGUAGAGAAAGCGAGAAAAAAAAAAAUAAUAAUAUAUAUACAUAUACGCUAUCGAUCUUCUUCGUUUCUUCGAUGUUGUUACGUGCACACACACACACGCAACUGUAGAAGCAAUCUAGAGCAUUUCUAGAGCAUUUAGAGAGAAAGUAAAAAAAAAAUAAUAACAAUAAUAAUAAUAAUAAUAAUAAUAAUAAUAACAAUAAUAAUAACCGACAAACAGGCAACAGUGAUACCUCAUCGACAUCGACAGCGACAAUACAAAGCAAAACAACAACAACAACAUCCCCAACAGAACCAUCGUUCAUCACUUCGUCAUUUUAUAAUCAUCAUUUUACGAUCAUCAUUAUUCGUCAUUAUCAUCAUCCAUCCUCAGUCAGAUCAUCAUCAUCAUCAUCAUCAUCCACGUCGCCCCCUUCGCCACGAAAGAUUCCAAAGAAGGGAAUCGGCCAAGGAGGAUUCAAGUGGGAGGGGGGGAGGGGGCAGUGGUAGCUUCGUAUCAAAUCGCGAGAAGAAGUCGCUAUGCUUUCGCCUGGAAGUUUUUUUUUUUUUGAAGAAUAGAGAAAGAUCGAUUCGAGUCGAUCGUAGAAUCUUUGAGAUCUCGAGUCGAAGAAUUUUUAAUUUUGCGAAGAGAAUUUUUCGUUUUUCGAUCCGAUCUCCUUCUUACCUUCUUGCGAACCAAUCGUUUGAAAUUACCGCUUUGCGAACCUCGACGGAAAUAUAAAUAUAAAUCGCUCGGUAAAAAAUGAUCGAGAGACGCAGAGCGUCGACGGAAGAUCGACUCACACUUGUUGUUAUCAUAGUAUCUAGAUAGUUUUUUCCUAUAGUAGACGAGUUGAUUGCAUGUCUCAAUGAUCGUCCGGGGAUGCUCUGUUUCACGGGGGAUUAAUCUGCAUGGUUUCUUUUGCAUCGGUUUUAGAUUUUGAUUUCCCAUUCCUGCCACGUCGAGUUUCGUUCAAGCGUUCGAUACUUUAUUAUCGCUGUAUGUAUAAAUUCGACGAGAAAAAUACGAGAGAGGGUGAAACGCGAAAACGUAAGGGUAGCAAUUCGCAGUUCGUCGAAAAUGUUUUCGGUCGAAAAUGUAAAUUGUGAAGUUCGAAGAAGAGAAGGAAAAAAAGAAAAGAGAAAAGAAACUCGAAUUUCUUCUGAGGAGAUUUGAGAAAGAUUACAGAGAGGUCAAGUCGAUCAAUUCCGUGAAUAAUUCCCCGUCGUUAUUUUCUUCCCAUCGUCCGUGGAAAUGACGUGCAAGAUCCAAAAUGGAAGGACGAGUAUGUACGGACACAGUUUCACUCCUUUCCUUCUUUUUUUUUUUCUUUUUUUUUUUUUCUUUUUUGGAUUUCUUGCCACGGGUCCAAAGAUCGUCGUUUGUAUAACGAGCGCAUAGAAAACUCUAGUUGAAGGAGAAAUAAGAAAAAGAAUAAUUGAAGGGAAAAAGGAGAAAACAAAUAAGAAAUUUAACGAGAUGGCGAGAGAUGUAGAGUUAGAUAGUUAAGAGGGAAAAGAGGGAUACGAAAGAUGAGGGAGUAUGAAACGCGUGAAUUGCAAUUUGGAACAAUGGCUUGAGGCGAAAAGAAGCUAAAACGAGUUGUUUCGAGAUUAUUAACGAAGAAAUGCACGAGGACGAAAAGGGUGAAAGAGAGAGAUUCGAGUCAAGUGGUGCUGAUUAGCUUUCAAGAUGACAAUAAACGAACAUUUCGUGCACGCUCGAUGAUCUUGCGAUGCAGGAACAAAUUAAAAAAAAAAACAAAAAAAAAAGAAGAAGAAGAAGAAGAAGAAGAAGAGAGAGAAAGAAAAGAAGAGAAAAUUCGGACGCACGAAAAAAACGCACUUUUCUCUCCCGCCGGGGGAUUCGUCGAUUUAUCGUUCCGAAUCUUUAAAAUCGUUGCUUGAUUCUUCUAGAUAGAGGAUCCAUCCAUCGUUCAUUGGGGAAGUGAAGGGAAACGAGAGAUUUUCUUCUAGGUUCGUAGAAUCGAAAGAAUUCGACUAAAGGGGAAAAAGGAAAAAAAAGGAAAAAAAAAAAAAGAACCUUCGUCGAAUCGAGUCGCGUGUGUUUAAUCCGUGUGAUAGAUGAUUUAUGAGAUCGUUAAAGAGGGUGUGUUGUAAAUAUAUAAUCGUGAAUUAUAUAUGCUACGAACUGUACGAAAUAUACAGAAGAAUUUGUAGAAAUAUUAUCAUAAAUCGCGUUAAUCGAGUAUGUUAAUCGAGCUACAAUUACGAUUACGAAGCGUCUAGAGAACUGUUAACGCAUGAACGACUUCCAUAUAGUUUCUCAGUCCCAAUUCACUUGGUAAAACGUGUCUAUUUUACGUUGACAGCAGUUGCAGAUAUUUAUGGAAAUUGUUGGAGAGGGAGAGCCUUCGUUCGUCGAUCGUUAGAAAUCGAUAUUUAUUGUUACACGAGAUCUUUACAUAUGUGUAAAUAGUCACGCAUAGAUACGUAUAUUUAUAAAUAUCAUACUUAGAACGUUUAUGGAUAAUCGCGCGUGAAACAUGGUGUGAAACAUGGUUUCUUUCAAUAGAGAUCUUCGAUUCUUCUUCGUUCACAUUCUUCUUCUUCACACCGUUCUUAUAUAUUCUUUGGAUAUUGUUGCAACUCUUCUUCUGAAAAAUUUAUCGAUCGUUUAUCGAGAUAGAAUUUCUUCCAUCAAUCCAACUUUCCUUCUCUUUCGAAUAUUUUCUUCUUCUUUUUUUUUUUUCCCCUUCCUUCGAGGAAAUUAAACUAUUCCAUUCGGAGUCUAGUCUAAUAUAAGGAUACAAGUUGCACCGAUAUCUAAUCGAGCUUGAAAAAAAUAGAAAGCCUAAAACGAUGGGUUGAUUGAUUGAACGCGUGAAUUUUACUCGAUCUUCCAUCGAGAAAAAAUAGUUAUCGAACAAAUGAACCACUAUUACGAUUUAUAUAUAUAUAUAUACUACUAGUUCCAAAACGAAUCCUCGAUCAUAGUCUCGAAACCGAACCGAAAUAUAUGUGUAUAUAUAUAUGUGUAUAUAUAUAUACAUAUAUGUAUAGAUAACUCGUACACGUACGAAAUCAUCGAGCGUUUUCUUCGUGCGUCGAGAAAAACGCAAUCCAGGAUGUACAAGGCUACGAUUGUCCUGGAACGAAGGAAGAGAGGGACAGGAGCGAGGAAAUCACGAAGAAUAUCUCCUUUUGAAGAAUGAACGCGUGUCUUAAGGGAGGAUAUAAUUAUCGACCAUUUCUCGGUAUCAUCGAUGAUUAUAUAUCAACGAGAGAAGUGAAAUUGUGGGCUGGAAAAAAAAAACAAUGUUCUCCACGCGUUAUGAUAAUCGUUACGCUUUGGCAGAAUCCGUUCUCGAGAGAAAGCGAGCGAGAGAGAGAGAGAGAGUGUGCGUAUGUGUGUAUGAGAGAGAAAGAGAGAAUGAGAGAGAAUAUUUUUUUCUCAGAGUGCGAUAAAGAUUAAAAUUUUGGCCGAUUUAUGUGGGACAGCAGGGAAGACAGCAGAGAAAAAAGAAAAACAGAUAAGGAAAUCCGAGGCACUAAAAAUGGACGGAGAAACGACUCGUUUGUACAUACGUUUGCGCGUCGAUGUUUCUUCGUUAGCCCUGUGUUAAAGAUGAGAAAAAUUGCGCCCCACCAAAUGGUCCCCAAGUGGUUCUGUAUUCCCCGAAUCAUCAAGCUAGAGUCUAGAAUUAAUCUGUAUUACGUGUAGCACAGUAGUUAAAAAUUAUCUCGGUAAAAUCGAAGCAUAUAACAAAGCAUACGAACCUAUACGAAAUCAGCGCCCGAUUACCCACAUAUAGGAUUUCUCGCGGGAAAUUGGAGACGAAGUUGGAGACGAAGUUGAAUCGAAAGAGAGAGAUAAGAUUUCGUUUCGAUGAGCCGAGCGUGCGAUUUCUUCCAAUUCGAGUUCAUCCCGCGAAUCGAAGGGAAAAUCUGCGAGCCAACAGGUGGAUGAACGUUUUCGAGCUCUCGAGAAAACGCGGUUUCGAGGGAAUUUCGAUGCAGAGGUUAAUAGGCAAACGAACGGCCCAUUUAUCGUCCAGUGUCCGCUCGCCGUCUUUACAUAUUAAUAAUAAAUAAAUGAAAUAUAAAAUAUAAUAUAUCGUGGUGUCUGCCGUUAACGAUGAGAAGUUAAGAAGUGAAGACAUGUUGAAAGUGUAAAAAUUUUAUCGUUAAUACCUUAAGAAGAGAAAAAGAAAAGAAAAAAAGAAAAAAAAAGGACGCUCUCUUUAAUUCGUCGAUAAAACGCUCUUACUCGUUGCUAGUUACACGACACACCUUUUUUUCCAUUCGACCUCUGACGCGAAAAUAUUAAAAAAAAAGAAGAAACCUUUCCUUUCGAAAGAUUGAUACGAUCAAAUUCUACUGACCUAGAAGCUAGAUCACGCUAAUUGAAUGGAAAGGGAUCGUAGACGGGGCAGACGAAAGUGUGUAUAUUAUAGGUGAACGCGGUUGGUAAUAUCUCGUCUCGAAUUCGAUUUCUCUGCCCUGUGAAAACGAACGAAGGAAUUUCGUGUGAUCGAUUGUUGCGUUCAUCAUCAGGGAUAAAAGUAUAUCCUUCUUUCGUCCCUCUCGACUCGAGCAUUCCAAGCAUUACGUGCGAAUAGAGCACAGAUACUUUCUUAAUUAAUUUCCUAUGCGGCCAUUCGAAUCAUCGACACGCUUAAACGCUGGAUUUAAAUCGAAUUCUUUCGAUGUACAAUCGAGAGGAGGAUAGAUUCAACGAAUCUUUCUCUUUUUGAAAAUAUGCCGAAGGAGGAACGAGGACUCUCCCCGCAAAUUUCUUUGAGAAUUUUUCGGGAGAUCGGUCAAGAGACAAUCGAACGAGGCUGAUUAAAUCAAUAAUAAAUAAAACGACGAUAAUCAAAAAUAUCUAAUUUUUACCUGAUUUACUUCUGCGUCUCCGAAGAAUCUUUAUUAUUCUCAGCGCAAAAUCAUUCUUAUUCGAAACAUUUGUGUGGAAGAGAUUCGAUAAAAUCUUGGAGGGUUUUCGUUCCCCUGGCUGUAAAAAAUAUAUACGUUUUUUUUUGAGAAUUAUCGAGUCGAGAAAAAGGGUAUUAAGGAGGAAACGAGGGAAAAAGUGAAAGUGAGAAGAAAGGGAAUAAAGGUAGUAAACGUGUGCCACCGUCAUAUCAAGCCUAUAUCAUCGUGUUACAUUAUACAUAUUAUAUAUAUAUAUAUACAUAUGUAUAAUAUAUUAUAUAUUACACAUAUAUAUAUAUAUAUAUAUAUAUGUAUAUAUAGCUAAACAGAAAAAAAAAAUUAAUAUUAUCGUUAAUCGACACAAUUGUUAACGUGGAGUGACUGUGUUUCGUGUGCGCGUGUGUAUAUUGAUGAGCAAACGAAUAAUAAUAAUAAAGAAAAAAAAGUCUUUCUUUCGAUCGCUCGAGAAUUGAGAAGGCCUGAGAGCAAAGAGUUUUCGAAUCUUAAAUGAUCUUCUUACUCCUUAUUGUCCAAAAUAUUAAACUAACUCACUUCAAUCAGUAAUAAAGCAAUCACUUUAAACAUUUAUCAUCGUAUCGUCUUUAUUAGAGAUUAAAGAGAAGAAAGUUGUAACCGUAGGAUAUAAUCACUUUAAUAAUUGAUUAAUUAUCUUCAAUUUUAAGACUGUUCAAUGGAUAAACGAAAACAGGCGAACGAGAAAUGCUUCGAUAUUGCGAUUACUGUUCUAUUUAAAGAAAUAUAUAUAUAUAUAUAUUCUGUCCUCCGAGAAUACGUUUGAAUAUUUAUCGAAAUGGAAGAAGGGAAUGGUUGUUACGCGAAAUAUUUUCGGAUCGGAUAAAUUCUUGUCUUGGGAAUAGCCGCGAAACGAGGCGUAGAAAGAGAUUAGAAAGACCAAGCGUUAAUCAAGUAGUCGAUAUCAGAAAUGGAGCGUACCCCCAUUUAUUUGAAAACGGCGGAACAGAAAUUCUCCAGAUUUCUUUCGCGGAUCUCUAUAAUCUAGAUACACGCAGUAUGUUGUUACUUGUAAACGAAAAGUGGCCAAAUUUCGAAAUUCUACGACCCUACGAGUUUAGGCGAUACGAAUCUUUAAGAACGUCUGCGUUUCCAUAAAAAAAAAAAAAAAAAGUAGGGAAAUAGAAAUUUAACCGUUUUUUUCUCGAAAACGAAACAAAGGAUCGAUCGAUUGGCCGAAGCGAGGAAUCUUUGUUAAGAUGAGAUGAGGGAUUUGAUGAAAAGUAAAAAGCUGUAUCGUUCGCGCCGCACUCGAGUGAUCCUAAGCUGAGACUGUUCCGUGGAACAAACACGAGCGAAAACGAGGAGAGCGAGUAUCGCGAGAGCACGUGAACGAGGCCGUCUCGAUAUUAUUUUUCGACUCGACUGUUUAGUAUCUACGAUGACGAGAAAAAAGAAAAAGAAAAAAAAAAGAAAAAAAAGAAAAGAGAAAAAAGAAAAAAACAUUUUUAUGUGAAUAUCGCGUAAGUGAAAAUCGUCCCGGCGUGAUCGAUCUCGCGUUGGAAUCGCAGCCGAAUCGUCCAACCGAAAAAAAUUCAAUUUCAGAGACAAGAAAAAUUCUCUUUUCCUCGUUCAACUUGAUCGCUCGUCCGUUCACGUUACGCUUAUGAUUUCUUUUUAUCCUUUAUUCUUAUCGAUCGACGGUUAACCAAUUGGCAAUUGAUCAAUUUAAAGGGAAACAGAUCCAGGCCGCGAAUCUGAUUUUGGAAACCACGCCGCGACGACAUGGCUCCUCCCGCCCCCUUUUUUUAUUCUCCAAUUUCUACGUGUUUAAUCGUUAAUAAGCGGAAACAGCUGAUGUAAGCGACAAAGAGGGAUAAUGCGAAAAGAUGAAAAGUGAAAUAACGAGGAGGACGAGGAGGAAAAGCGAAAAAAUAGCGGGAAGGGAAAUCGAGGAGUAUCGUGCCCCGUGUUUGAGUGUUCGAUCGUUGAUUGAAACACGCAAUACGAUUUUUCAAAAUGUGUGUACAUACCUAAGAGUACGAUAUGAUAUAAAUGAACGAGUGAGUGUGCAGUGGAGAAGAAGGAGAGAGUGAAAGAGAGAGAGAGAGAGAGAGAGCGAGAGAGGAGAAAAAGAAAGAGUGAAGAAAGGAAACGUGAUUUAAGCUUAGUUCUAGUACGAGAGAAUCGACGAUCGACAAGGAUCGAGGGAUCCUUUCGAGGUGUGCCGUUUUCUUUCCGCCAUUUUGUUUCUCCCAGGCACGAGAGACAGGAAUCCUCGAUCGAGACACACACACACGGAGAUCGCCGUUGGAUAUAGGAAUGAGACGACGAGGCUAGAAAUAAGUAUAUCGAUUAAGCUACUAAGAUUAAGUUACUAAAAAAGAAAAAGAAGCAAAAAAAAAAAAAAAAAAAAAAAAAAGUAAACCGUUUAUUGAAAUACAUUGUUGCAACUGCCAUGCUGUGUGCCAUUAUAUAUAACGAGUCACGUUUGUCGUAAAAAGCAAAAAAGAACAAAAAAAGAAAAAUGUAAUAUGUGAAAUGAAAAAAAAAAACAAAAAAAAAAACAAAAAAAAAGGAUUGUGCGCGUUCCCAAUCUGUCUGAACUUCUUCGUUACACCGCUUUUUUCGAAAAGGUGUUCCAAGCCCGUGUACCAUAUCUUCGUUCUGCGCUCGAGACGUCGUUUUCACGCAUUCUGAAACGUCAUCGUUAUGUAUGUGAAUUUCGAAAAGAAAAAAAAAAAAAAAGAACGGAGAAUUAAUUAAUAAUUGAUCUUCGCGAUUCUUCGCAUAAUUCCAAAUAAUAAUAAUAAUAAUAAUUAACGUUAUAACGAUUUAUAACAAUUAACACACACACAUAUCUAUAUAGAGAUAAAGAUAUGAUCUCACAUAGAAGAAUGCGAGAAAACAUAUUUCUCAAGAUAAUUUUCCUCUUUGUAACAGGAUUCUCGUAUACCUGCCCGUGUGAACCAGCAUGUACAUUAUAAACAAAGAUCGGGGCCGCCGAUAUAAUAUAAAUAUGACGAUUAAUUUAUACAUAUAACACGUAUAAUACGUUAACACGGAUCAGCACGUAUACGACGUUUCCGUUUCGAGUUUAUCUCCAUCCGGGGUCUCCAUCGCAGGCGAAGAAGUUUUUUUCCGCCUGAAGAAAAAGAAGAAGAAGAAGAAAAAAAAAGAAAUUGUUGAAAAAAGGAAGAAAAGGGGGGAAAAAAAGGAAAAAAAGGGCAAACGGCGUGAAUGAAUUUACGAGGAUUCGUUCCUUUAUUUAGGGAAACGU